AUGAUAAAAAUUCCUUCUGCUCUGGCCACACUGCUCCUUUACGCUCUAAAGACAAUCCAUGGGUAUAACGUAAUAGUGAACAACACCAAUUUUCUGUUUAGCGGUAAGGAUGCGCAUGUGGGGGGUGACUUGAAGGAGACAUGGGGGGGAGAAGCCGAACGGGUGGAGUGGCCUGGAGAAGGUAGUGCACUGGAGAGUGCCGCGGCAUUUUUGAAAAGCAACUGGGGGGUGGAGAACCGUGUUGAAAGUGACCAUGAGCAGAACGACGAUGUGCCAAGUGGUCAGGUGCAUCAUUUCGGAAGUAGUAACCACAACGUGGAUAGACAAAAUGAGCAAAGCCACCAGGAAAACCAGGGAGGUGGCAACGACGGAGAGGAUGAAAGAUCCAAAAUGUUCAAUUUAGCUAUGGAGCUCAAAGACGGAUUAAACAAUAGGAAGAAAAACCUGAACAGGAGCAUAAAUAUUUUUGAACAACUCAUCCGCCACAAGAAAGAUAAAAUAACUUCAUCCUCCUAUUAUGAACUAGGAAAAAUACACUUCAUUGGUUAUCAGAAUUAUUUUUUUUCGUACAAAAGGAAUUUAAAAUUGAGCAUUCACUAUUUGGAAAGAGCUAGUCGAAUGGGUAACCCAGCGGCUCUCCACUUUUUAGCUUUCCUUUAUUUUUUCGAUUUCAACGUGCAGGGGGAUGGGAGUGGCCACAAGGGUGGUGACAAGGGUGGUAACAGGUAUGAGGAGAGGAGCAGCCUUUCACAUGGUGAUGAGAAGGACGAGGAAGGGGGCCCUCCUGGGAAGAAGAAAAAAACGCACAUAAUUAUGAGAAACCCGAAAAGGAAGAAUAUCACCAGGGGAAAGGCCACUAGCAACGACAGUAACAGAAACGGUAACCUGCCACAUACUGACCCUCCAGCUAGCCACAAUAAUAGGACAAGCAAUACGCACAUCAAAACUUCAAUUGAAUAUGAAUUACAGGCAUGCGCACAGAACUACACCCCAUCCGUUCUAGCCAUAGCCUACAAGUACCUCUAUGGUAUUAAUAUCAAGAGCAGUUGUGAAAAGGCAAAAGAGUUCUACAAGAGCGUAGCGGAGAAUGUUAUGAACGCAGAUUAUAUAAACGUGCCCCUCUCCGAAAUGGAUGUACUCAAUGUAGACAACCUAAGCAUACAGAAUGAAAUAAACAACAUGAAGGAUAACGAGGAAGAUGUGUUGGAAUUCCUGAACGAACAGAUAAAGGGAGGAGAUGUAAUGGCUAUGUACGAUUUAGGAAAGAAAUAUAAAGAGGAACGGAAUUUUAGUAAAGCAUUUGAAUAUAUUAAUGAGGCAUCUAAGAAGAACAACGCCCUGGCGCAGAAGGAGAUGGGUAUCAUUUAUCUUUAUGGUUACGGAACCGAGAGGGACGUGAGGAAAAGCAUCGAAAGUUUUUCUAAGGCCGCCGCCGCGGGAGAUGUGGAGUCAAAGUGCUACCUCGGCUACAUCUACUACUUCGUGGAUGGCCACAGAGACGUGCAACAAGCGCUCAAGUACCUAGUGGAGGCAGCCAAACACGACUAUGGAGAAGCCUUCUUCUUCCUUGCGGAAAUUAUCCUGGAUGUGUCAAUAAAGAAACACCACAUCGCCGACAUCGUGUACCGCACCAUUUUCAAGUUGUAUGAACAUGCGGCCGACCUGGGCUACGUGCAGGCCUACUUCCGUGAAGCUCAGCUCUACGAAAUAGGAAAAGGGGUGCAGGCAUCCUGCGUCAAUGCCGCCCUGUCCUACAAGUUCGUCGCAGAGAGUACCAUGUGGACCAAUCAAAUUAGGGAAGGCAUGAACUAUUACGUACAGAAGGAUUACAUAAAGGCCUUCUACACCUACGCCCUGGCAGCGUAUGAAGGAUAUGAGGUUGCACAGAGCAAUUUAAUAUACAUCUACCGAACGAACGGGUUCAACAGUUUCAUCAAGCCAGAGAAAAUCAUGCAGAUGCUGCACCUCAUGUAUAAGCAGGGCAAUUACAAAGCCUUGUACGAAAUUGGAAAUAUAUACAAACAAGAGAAUAAAGACAGCGUGGCAAUUAGCUACCACAGGUUGGGUUUGAACAAGGGAGACUUGCGCAACCUCGUUCCUCUCUCUGUAUACUAUGAAAAGAAUAUGGAUCCGGAUAGGGCCCUCAAAUACCUGAAUUACUUUCUGAAGCAGAGGACGAGGGAGAAACCUUCCAACAGCACGAAGGUGGAGAAAAUAAGAACCAUCCUGGAAAGCUCCUUGUUGUACUUUCGUAAAUUUAAGUUACUUUUUAAAAGUUUCUACUCGACGAAACAGAAAAAAAGGGAGUAG